AUGGAAAUACCAGUUGUUACAAUUGUCAGUGUUGCUGUUGUGUUUGGUGUGGCAGGUGGCUGUGUGAAGGGGGACCCCCAGGGCUGGACCCAUGAGGAGUCAAAGAAGAUGCUCGCAGCCUGGGCGCGUCUGCUCUUCUUAGCCAUGUGGGUGAGAAACGCCACCAGUGGCCCGCUCUCAUUCAGAAUAGCUGCCAUUCUUGAUGACCCGAUGGAGUGUAGCCGCGGGGAGCGACUGGCCAUCACUCUGGCGAAAGACAGCAUCAACCGUUCCAGCAACCGCUCCACCACAGGGAAGCUAGAGGUGGACAUCUUUGAGCUGCUCCGAGACAGUGAAUACGAGACAGGGGAAACUAUGUGCCAGAUCAUGUCCAAGGGGGUUGUGGCGGUCCUGGGCCCCUCUGCCAGCCCGGCAUCCAACUCCAUCAUCAGUAAUAUCUGCGGUGAGAAAGAGGUGCCGUACGUGAAGGUGGCUCCGGAGGACAUACUGAAGGUGCAGUUUCCUCGCUUUACCACGCUGGACCUCAGGCCCACUAAUACAGACAUCAGCAUGGCUGUAGCCGGACUGCUAACGUUCUUCAACAGCAGCACGUCGUGUCUCAUAUGUGCUCAGGCCGAUUGCCUAUUAAACCUGGAGGUGUUACUGCGACAGUUUCUCAUCUCCAAGGAAACGCUUUCCGUUCGCAUGUUGGAUGACAGCCAGGAUCCCACCCCCCUUCUCAAGGAGAUCCGCGAUGACAAGACUGACACUAUCAUAGUGGAUGCCAACGCCACCAUGUCUCACAUUAUUUUGGAAAGGGCCUCAGAGUUGGGGAUGCUGUCAGUGUACUACACCUACAUUCUGACUUCCUUGGUGAGAGAAUUUAAGUCUGAUGCUCUCUAUUCCAAGAGUUUUUUAACCACAUGCCUGUCAAAUAUAAAUGGGGACGAUGCAGACAUUUCUGAUUUCCUUCCCUGCCCAGAUUGCCUGGCCUUCUUCAUGAAAAAAGACCUAUGGAAACACUCUAAGACAUGUAGGGGACAGCGGGAUGCGACAAAAACAAAAGGUGAGCGAGUGAGAUCAGCUGCAGCCUGUCUGAUACCAACCCCAGCAAAGUGCUCUGCUGGUAUUACAUCUCUCUUGCAAGGUAUGAGACAAGAUGAAAUCACAGAAACAAUUAUGAAGGACAGUUUGAUAUGUCUCUACGGUGAAUCACUUUAUACAAAGUGUGGUCAUGAUAAGUCACAGCAUCAGUACAUCAUUCAAAAAAUGAGAGAGCUGGCCAGGUUUAUGAUUGAAGUAAAGUCAAAAUCCAAAAAAGUGAGGAACCUUUCAGAGCUUUGUAACCCUGAGAACUUUCUCCUAGCCAUCACUGCUUGUAAAGAAGUGAGCAACUAUCAACCGGAUUUAAAUACGUUUAAAACCCCCUCUCUUGCUCUGAAGAUCGGAUACUCCCUGAAGAAAGCCUGUCAGCUUAGUUUGGGACAAAGUUUAAUGGCAGGGGACAGAGACACUGAGAAGAAGCUGAAAAACUUCAUCAAGCUAAUUGACAGUCAUUGGCGUACCAACAUUUCGAGUCAGGCCCUCAACACCUUGCAGCAGAGCAAGUGGAACAAGGGUGACACCAUCCCUCUUACGGAAGAUGUUGUGGCUUUACAAAAGCAUCUCAAAAGUGUGGAGCAGGUCUCAAAAGAAAAACUCAAAGAGAACGUGAAUGGCGCUGACUGGAAAAUCUUGGCUGAGACUUUACUCUGUCAAAUCAUUCUUUUUAAUCGGAGACGUGAAGGUGAGGCAUCCAAAUUGCUCCUUGCAUCAUACGUGAGUCGAAACGUGAAGCCUCCUAACGAAGAUGUGGUCAAAUCUCUGACUAAAUUAGAACGGGAGUUGUGCAAUGAGCUGACUCGAUUAGAGAUACGAGGGAAGAGAGGCAAGAAAGUGCCUGUCCUGCUGACGAAGGACAUGGUUGAGUCCAUGGACAUGCUGAAUGAAAGCAGGAGCAAAGUGGGCAUCGACGAAGCCAAUCCUUACGUUUUUGCAAGAGUGGGGGCUUUAACACACAUCCGUGGAUCAGACUGUUUGAGGAAGCUUUCAAAAACGUGUGGUGCAAAAGACCCCAGGAGCCUUACGUCGACCAAAUUAAGGAAACAAAUAGCAACUCUGAGUCAGAUCAUGAAUUUAAAAAACAAUGAACUUGACCAAUUGGCCAAAUUCCUGGGACACGACAUUAGAGUGCACCGUGAGUACUACAGACUGUCCGAAAAUACAAUUCAACUUGCAAAAGUUAGCAAGUUGCUUUUGUCUCUAGAAAAAGGAUCCGAUUGUUACAAAGGAAAAUCUUUGGAGGAGAUUACAUUUAGUACAGAGGAGACGGAAAAUGACACAAGCCCUGCUUCCAGAGGCCUGCAAGAGCAUGAAUGCCAGACCACAGAAGAAGACGCUUCAGAGAAUGAAGACGAACAACUCUCUACCUCAGUAAAGACAGUCAGUCGCAAGCAUCACAUCACAGAAACGGGUUGGGAUUUGAGGCAGGAAUUCUCUCUGCUACGAUUGGACGAUUUAGCUGAUCAACGAGUCAACAUCGUCGGGUUUUCAGUCUUCAACAGGACACAUCCUUUCUUUCAGGACUUCGUCCUCAGCCUCAAUCGAUCCUGGCAGGAGAACUGUGAUCAUGCUCCUUUUGCAGGAACACCACUUUCGUCAGCGCUGCUGUUUGAUGCGGUACACACGGUGGUGGCAGCCGUGCAGGAGCUGAACCGUAGCCAGAACGUAGGAGCCACUCAGCUCUCCUGCAAGUCCUCUAAGAUCUGGGAGCACGGCACAAGUCUGAUGAACUACCUGAGGAUGGUAGAGUUGGAAGGACUAACAGGCCGCAUCGAGUUCAACAGCAAAGGCCAGCGCUCGAACUAUGCCCUCCGGAUCAUGCAGAACAGCAGGGAUGGCCUAAGGAACACAAUGAGAUUUUCUGGCCGCGGUCACAUGGAUGUGAUGUAA